CGAAGAAUACAAUGGGACCUUGUCAGCUUUCUCCCAUGCAUGUCGGAUCAUGAGCAGGGAUUGGGCGGUCCUGAUAUGCGCUGCAUACGGAACGCGAGCGUAAAAAACCGCAUCCCGCAAAGCCGCACGCAAACCCUCCUCUUCCUCCUCCUGUGACUCACCUGCGCUGCACGCACGCCGGCGUUCAAACUUCGAACGUGCUUCACUUGUCACCUGAUCAUCAUCAGCAUGGACGCCAUGUCGUGCCUGCUGCCGCCGCCACCGGCGUCGUUCCUCUCGGCCUCCUGCUCGCUCGGCCCUGCCUACUACACCGACGCCGCCCUCGCGCGCGCGCUGAACUUCUCGUCCAUGCCCGAGUACGAGUACGACUACUCCCCCGCGGUCUCCUCCCCGUCCUCCGCCUCGGCGCCCUCCUCCUCCUCCCUCCUCGCGGACUUCCCGUACAGCGCGGGCGAUGGCAGCAGCUGGUUCGCCUCCACGGCCGCGCCGGCGACGGGUUCACUCGCCUGCGACUCCGUCCUCGUCGCGUCAGACGCGCCGCCGCGUCCGCCGUCCACCCCCGUGGGCGCCGCGGCGAACAAGAGGCGGGCGGGCCUGGGGCCCAACGCGGCGGGCGCGGGGCGCGCCGGGAAGCGGCGCGCGCGGGCGUCGAAGCGCGCGCCCACCACGUACAUCAGCACCGACCCCGCCAACUUCCGGCUCAUGGUGCAGCACGUGAUGGCCGUCCAGGCCGAGCCGGGCGCGCCCGAUGGAAGCGGCGCACUCCUGCCCGCGUCGUUCGACGCGUCUUCCGGCGCGGCGCUGCUGGACUGCCACCCGUUCGACGGCGCGCUGCUGAUGCCGGCCGACGUGGACGCCGCGGAGCUCCAUCGCCACCACCACCAGCAGCAGCAGCCGUGCUACCCGACGCUGGACUCGUGGAGCGUCAUGUACGAGAGCAGCCAGCUGCUCUAGCUCCAGCCGAUCGAGCUCCAUGUUCUCCAUGCAUUAUUAACCACGAGUAGUCCAGGACCGCCGUAGAUUUCUCAGUACUUACAGCUCCUGUAGUA